ACCGAUAAGUUGCGACAACACGACGCCGGAGUCCUGGAGAUCGGUCUCGAGUACACCGACAAGAACUCCAUUCCUCCGCAUCAGCAGUCGUUUCAAUUGUCCGGCUAUUGUACGUCUGAGUGCACCCGAGCGUCGCUACCGCCCUAUGGUAUCACUAUAUUCGCGUCCCAACUCCACACCCAUCUGACGGGUGUCCGCGUUUGGACACAACACCUGAGGGGUGGCGUCGAGUUGCCCGAAGUGAACCGCGACAACCAUUACAGUCAACACUUCCAGGAGAUUAGAAAACUCAAACAUCCGGUGAAUGUAUUUCCCGGCGAUGUAUUGAUCAAUACAUGCGAUUACCAGACCAUUGGCCGCACAAAUAUAACGCUCGGCGGGUAUGCCAUCAGCGACGAGAUGUGCGUUAAUUAUAUCCAUUAUUAUCCGAAGUCCAAUCUGGAAGUCUGCAAGAGUUCGGUCGACACACAGUAUCUGCGCUCGUAUUUCGAGUAUAUGAGAGAAAGAGAGGGUCAGUCGACGUCGACUAACGCUAGUGUCAAACAGAAUUACCUGUCCAUUGAGUGGAACCCCAAUAGAGCCCUAUUCCUCGACCGUUUCUACCAGUCAUCCCCUCUGUCUAUGCAAUGCAAUCAGUCAUCCGGCGAUCGCUUCCCGGGUUAUUGGAAUGGUAUACCUGUCCCGGAGAUCCACUUCCCAUUGAAGACAAGCAAAAGAAAUUGUAGCAAAACUUAA